AUGUCUAAAUCAAAUUGUUCAUCAUCUCGUUCUUAUCAUUCACCAUCACAUCGUUCACCAUCUCGUUCACGUCAUCAAUAUUCAUCAUCACAUUUGUAUCGUUCAUCAUCUCGUACACAUAGUUCACAAUAUCCAACAUUUCAUGUUCAUUCGUCAGAUUAUGAAGUUAUAUUCGUGAACAAUAACACAUCAACAAACAUGAUGAACAAAUUAUUGGACCACGUGAAUACAUGCAGACAAUAUUCGGUAGACACAGAGUCUGAACGAACGAACAAUCAAUUAUCAUUAAUACAAAUUAAUUCAAUACCAAUUGAACCACCAUCAUUUGUAAUGUUAUUCGAGUUGAACCACUUACCAGAUCAGCAUUCACAAAAGUCAGGUAAUGAAAUCUAUUCCUGGGGAAGCAUGCAAAAAGAACUCGAACCAGCAAAAGGAUUAUUUAUCUGGCCAAUUCCUGCAACAUUAAUUGAUAUUCAACCAUAUUAUUCAAUGUGGUAUAAUUGGGCACGGACCCAGUGUGGGGUCCAGAGCCUGUCAUAUCGAAAUGAUAUGAACAAUGAUGAUAAAAGUUUACAACAACAUCAACAACAAUUAUCACGUCAUUGUCAUCCACCAUCACCAUACAAAAUUAAUGAACUCUGGUCUCUUCAAAAUGCAUUUAGGAAGAUCAGUGAAAUAUUCGUCGCAUUUAAAUCAACCAAGCUUCCACCAUUACCAACAUCAACAACAAAGAAGAAAAAAAUCAAGAACAUCAAUUUACACAAAUUUUUAAAAUUAAUUAACAACAAGGAAACAGAUUUGGAGUCAAUAUCAUCAGAUGGAGAAAUUUACCUGAACCAAUUAAUUGAACCAAAUGAUUUUAAAAAUGAACAAGAUUAUAAUAAUAAUAAUAAUGAAAUUGAUUUAUUACAAGAUCAAAUUGAACCAAUUGAUGUUGAUUAUACGCCAGUCAUCAAUAAUGAUGAACCAACUGAACCAAUACAACAACAACAACGAGAACCUGAACCAAUUGAACAAGAAUUAAAUGAUAUUGAAUUAAUUAUUAAUGCUGGAAAUCAACUUGAAGAAUACAAUGAUAAUGAAGAAAUUACACCACCAAAUGAAGAUCUUAAAGAAAAUCCAACAAGAAGGAAAAAUAGACCACAUCGUGAACGUUCACAAGCAGCAAGAAAACGAAAAAACAAAAAAAGAACUAAGAAACUCCGUCUACAUCGUUAUCGAUAUUAUGUUACUCAACCAUUAUAUUUUAAAUAUUCAUUGCCAUUGGUGAGAAUGGUAUUAGAUGAAUACAAUAUCGAUUAUGUACACGUUAAGAGACAAGAAGGAUGUUUAGUUGUUGGUCUGAAGAACAAGUUGAUCAAGAAACAAUACGAACGACAAAUACCAGAAGAUUUAUUUGAUGGAAGAAAUUAUCAACGUCAUCGACAACAACGACGAACAAAAUAA